AUGGUCGAAAAAUAUUCCAACUCGCAAUAUAGCUCGGUUGAUGAAAUAAUAACUGAUUUUGAACUUUUUACUAAUAGAAUUAUAGCAGCUGCCGAAAAACUUCCAGACAAAUCACAAGAUAAAUUAAUAGUUACUUCAUUAGCUCAAACUAUUAAGGUAAAAUUCUCACCAAAGCUGAGGCAUGCAUGCAAUGACGAAUAUCAAGAUCGAAUCGAAGCAUUUGAUAAAUCCAUCGAAGAAUUAACCACAACACUCAAAAACAUACCUUCAUCUAUAUAUGAAGAUGAAUUUCAAUCGUGUACAACAAAAUUAUAUGAAGUUCCUCGGAAAGUUUUUCCCGUAUAUCAAUAA